AUUUAUUUCAUCCCGUUCUUCCAAUAAAGUUAAAUAAUAAAUUAAUGUUCCCUCUGUGUUAUUCCUGUGCUAAAAAUUUUACGCAGGAGGAUUGUUCCCACGAAAUAGGCGAUAGAGCCAUUGUGGGAACAUGGGUGGCCGACGAAAUUGUCAAAUCUAUAGAAAAGGGUUAUAGGAUUAUGGAGGUAUACGAAGUUUGGAGUUAUAAAACGGAGCAGUAUGAUGGCAAGUCAGGUGGUUUAUUUACUGAAAUGAUGAAUAAAUUUAUUAAAAUCAAACAAGAAGCGAGCGGGUGGCCAUCUAACUGCAAAACUGACAAAGAAAAACGAGCCUAUAUUGCACGAUUUUAUGAAAAAGAAGGUAUAUUAUUGGAGUUUGAUAAAAUUGAAUUGAACCCAGGUCUACGUUCGUUAGCAAAAUUAAUCUUAAAUUCAUUUUUCGGAAAAUUCGGUCAACGAGAGAACCAACCUAAAACCAAAAUUAUUAACCAACCGGUGGAAUUGUAUGCACUUCUGUUCGAUCCUACAAUUGAUGUUGUAGGCAUCUUACCAAUAAACGAAGACACUUUAGUGGUAAACUAUCAGCAUAAAGAGGAAUCAUACACCCUUUUAAGUACAGUUAAUGUAUCCAUUGCAGCAUACGUCACAGCACAAGCUCGUUUGAAGUUAUAUUCAUACAUGGAACGAUUGGGUGAUCGUGUUUUAUACUUUGAUACGGACAGUAUAAUUUAUAUAUCGCGAGAAGGAGAAUACGAGCCCCAAACGGGCGAAUUUAUUGGGGACAUGACAAACGAGCUUGAUUGCUAUGGCGCAGGUAGCUAUAUUACGGAAUUUGCCUCUGGAGGGCCAAAAAAUUAUGGUUUUGUUGUAUAUUCCCCAACACAGGAUAAGUACUUUCAAUCCUGCAAGGUUAAGGGUAUAUGCAUCAAUCACGAGACAUCAAAGCUUGUUAACUUCAACACCAUGAAAAAUUUGAUAAUCAAUGAAGAGAUUCCGAAAAAAAUAUUGUACACUACGUUUGAGAGGACCGCACAGCAUCAGGUGUUAACCAGCCAAAAAGAGAAAAUAUUUCGAGCAAAUUUAUUGAAGAGACGUUUCAGCGGUUACGAUUCAUACCCGUACGGAUACAAGAAGAUAAAGCAGUGCUGACAUAGUGUCUUUGUCGACAUCAUUAAUAUGGCGUGAUGAGUUUCGUACUAACCCCAACAGCCAUAAUUUGGAUUUGUUUAGUUGGUUGUCGAUUUAUUUCCCUAUUCGGGCAUACUGUGUAGUUUUUUUAGAAAAUUUAUUCAUCGUGCAUUUAACAGGUGUAUUAGAUUUCACUAUGCAGAGUUAUAAAAAAUAGCAUAUUUCUACGACCAUUUACAUAUAGUUUUCUUUAAAAUAGGCAGAUGAUAAGACAUUAAAAAACUAGUAAUUUUACAAUUGUAAUAUUUCAAUUUGUAUAUAUCUAUGUAUUAUAUAAUAUAUGAAUCUCAAUAAAUACUAUUAUCAAAAGCAAUGUAUCAUUUCUCAAACACAAUUCAUAUAUCAAAUGAAGUGGCACACAAUGGCCAUUACCAUUUGGAAAUUACUAUACAGGAUUUUGUCGGAUCGUCCAUUCCGAGACUGCUACGACGUUAGUUAGAUAGGUAGGUAUGUGUUUAAAUGCCGAAAUGAAGCCAAAUAAAGAAAUUAUUACAUCCAUAAGCCAAGGUACGCUAUGCAAUUCGUCAGACUGUUAAAUUUUGUCCGCUUUGCGAUAUAGCAGAGAGAGAUUAGGCAUAACAAAAUGAAAACGUUGCAGUAUCAGUGUUGGAAGCAAAUAUACAGACAGUUGUUUACGAGAAACGCAUCAAAUUGUGUUCCAGAAAAAACAGAUGCCUUUCAUCGCUACCUUCCAUGAGAUCUUUCCUCAAAGUGGUGAUCUAAAAUACUCGCAAUCAAUCACUUUCACGCGCGGUGGCAUAUUAGUCCAGACGACGUCACCUUCACUAAAACUCAGCGG